AUGUCUCAAGCACCCUCCCAGCCUGCGGAAUGGCUCGAGAGCUACGCGACGAACCGGCAUGACUGGCGGCAAACGUCAAAGGACGGCCGGGUCGUGUAUUACCGCCGCAUUGGCAUUGUCGAGGGCCUGUUCAACACGGACGGCACGGAUUUCGAGGGCAGAGCUGAUCUCACGAUGCACCUGCACGUGGAAAUGAGGACAUCUCUGUCGGCCGAAGCUCUGAGGGCACGCAUCUUGCUCACCUGGAGCGUCAUGCGGCAGAAACACGUCCUCCUCUCCGCCAGAGUCGCCAGCGCUGCUGAUUUGUUCGGCGGGCGACAGUCCUCCUUCGCACCCGCAGAGCGACUAUAUGUCUUUGAGCCGAGCAACGACGCGGGAAUGAUGUUGGCGGAGGCGAAAAAGCAUGCCGUGUUCGUCGAAGACUGGUAUCCGCGGGUGGACAUGGACGAGUUCUUCAUCCACACAUUGAACUCGAGUCGGUGCAUCGACGAGGCCCACGCGCUGAGCAGGCUCUAUGUCAUGCCGAUCCAGAAGGAUGCGGAUGGCCUGCAUCAGCUUCAUCUCAUGUUCAUCACUGGACACGAGAUUGUCGACGGCCUGACCUCGAUGCGAUGGAUGUCCUCGUUCAUCGACCUGCUCAACCAACCAGUCGAGCAACUGUCCUCGGAAGCGAGCCGUCUGUGCACAACGCCGCCGGUCGACAGGCUUCCGCCCGCGCAAGAAUCGCUAUAUCCCCCCAUGAAAGGAUCUCGCGCGAGACAGCGAUGGUCGUGGCUCCUGACUCGCAUGCUGCGCCACACCCGAGAACCACCUCCAGCGUCGUUCCAAAACCCGCUUCGACGAACGACAGCACUACCCCGAGCCGUUCCCCUCGACCCAAAGUUCUCCAAUGUUCUGGACUACACUCGGACACCGCCACUGAACACCUUCCCCCUCCGAGCGACUCUUGGCCCUGUCUCUACGAGGAGGUUGUCCAGAGUGUGCCGCGAGGCCCGAAUCAGCAUUGGGAGUGGGUGCUUCGCGCUGGUGGCGCUGGUGAUGAUGCUAUUCGAGGAAAAGCGCCACCCCCAUGUCCCCACGCACGAGCGUCUGCCCUUUGUGGGCUCCUUCCCCGUCAACCCGAGGCCGUUUCUCAGCGGCACCCCGACGACAGGCAAGGAGGACAGUCUGAUGCUGGCGUUCAGCGACGGCGUCACCCUGCCCUUCUUGACCGGCGACCUGGACCUGGAGGGCCGGCUGCGGCUGCUGGGCAAACAGGCGCACCGCCAGCUGCGCCAGUACCAGAAGCGGGCGAGGAGCGUGCAUGAAGAAGGCCACCUCGGUUCCAGGAGCCCCAGCCAGCUGCUGCCCCUGCUCUACCUGUCCACGUUGGAGUAUCUCGAGAGGAAGAGCCCACAGGCCAAGAAACGCGGCUGGACCGUCCAGGGCCAGUACCCGGCCAGCACAGGCUCCGGCCUGGCCACCUGUGGGGUGAGCUCAGUGGGCGCGCGAGGAUCCUUCAUCGCCUCGGGCAAGUACGACACGAGGGGCGACUCCUCGGCGUGGCCACCACCACCAUCGCCAGGACAAGCAGGACAGAAUCCCGGGCCACGAGACCUGGUGGCCGACUUCCGCGACCUGCACACCACGGUCCGCGCGAGGGAUGGCGAGUUUCUCGCCGGGGUCGUCGGUGAUGGCGACUAUUUGAUGUUCGGCGUCAGCUACGAUGGAUGUGCCAUUGACCCGGGUCGAGCGAGCGAGUGGAGGCUCGUCAUGGAGAGGAUCCUCGAGGAGGCAGACCCUGCGCGGCUGAUCUCCAAGCUGUGA